AUGAAGGAGGGAGGCCCUCGGGUUCUGGGCGCUGAUUCCCGCUUCCGGGGGGUGCGAGGGCUCCGGGCUGCCGGCGGCACCAACAUGGCUGCCGCGGGGAGAAGACUCCCGAGUACGCGGUGGGGAAGCCUACCUUGGAGAGCUGAGCGUGCGGCCCGCCCGGCGCGGGGUCUGGUGCUGGCCAGCCAUCCCGUGUCCCAAUGGCUUAAGCUUCCGUCUCUGCUCCCACAUACAGGUAUCUCUCGGGACAACUGGCACAAACGCCGCAAAACCGGGGGCAAGAGAAAGCCCUACCACAAAAAGCGGAAGUAUGAGCUGGGACGGCCCGCUGCCAACACUAAGAUUGGCCCCCGCCGCAUACACACGGUCCGUGUGCGAGGAGGCAACAAGAAGUAUCGUGCCCUGAGGCUGGACGUGGGGAACUUCUCCUGGGGCUCUGAGUGUUGUACUAGGAGAACAAGGAUUAUCGAUGUUGUCUACAAUGCGUCCAAUAAUGAGCUGGUCCGCACCAAGACCUUGGUGAAGAACUGCAUUGUGCUCAUUGACAGCACACCGUACCGACAGUGGUACGAGUCCCACUAUGCACUGCCCCUAGGCCGCAAGAAGUGGGCCAAGCUGACACCUGAGGAGGAAGAGAUUUUAAACAAAAAA